AUGGUCGGUGUCGAUCGUUUGAAGGUGUUUGACAGCAGAGACGUGGAGUUGGACUGCGAAUUACAUGUCCAAGCGCUGCAUGGGCAGUUGCCUCACUCUCAGACUGGGACCGUCGAGAACGAAGUCUUUGUCAGCGCGCGCUUGAUCGCCAACGAAGAACCGCUGACGAACGAGAUUUCAACCACCGCGGUUGCUCACAUCGAUGGCGUGGCGGAGUGGAAGGAAAAGUUAAGCUUCCCCAUCACAGUACGAGACCUUCCGAGGGAGACGCAGCUAGAGCUCGAAGUACGUUCGGCAAGAAAGUUUCCAAGCGACGUGCUAUGCCGUUCUCGAAUGGCAAUCUUUGGCGAUGAUAAUAGAUUACUUCAAGGUUCGAGAUGUGCAAUGCUCACGCCGUCGGGAGAGACGAAGAAGAAGCACGAUUAUCUUGGCGCCAAGUUCAUGGAGCAGCACGCCGAACUGGAGCGGCUCGAAGGAUUCUUGGUGCAGUAUGAACAGGGAAAUUUGCCUUCGGUAAACUGGUUAGAUAAUUUGGUGUUCUCACGCAUUAGAGAUGCUCGCAAGAAUCAACUGGGCGUGGCUCGAACGACAGGUGAUUUUAUCCAACUCGUGUUGGAGUUUCCCGUGUACGCCCAGCCAGUGGUCUAUCGCCAGAGGAGUGAGGAGGAGCACGCGAUUGAAAUUCACAAAUGGCAACAUUUGACUUGGCUCGUGGACGACGAGGUGAAUUUUAUGCUAGAAAAUCCAGCCGAACGCAAGCAUCAAAAGCUUUCGAGAAGUGUUGGGCGUGGAGUGGUCGACAUUCAGUUGAAACCUGAUGGCUCGGAGAAGCGACGCUUGGCGACGAUAAUCCAGUUGCCACCAACGAGACCACUGGACAUGGAAUCACAAAAUUUGCUUUGGAAGUUCCGAUUCGCCAUGAGACAAGAUCCGAGGGCGUUGACGAAGUUCCUGAAGUGUGUGGACUGGUCAGAUCCUGCUGAGACGAAGGCUUCAGUACAACUGAUGCGCGAGUGGGAACCGAUCGGACCAGCUGCCGCAUUGGAGCUUCUCACGCCAACUUUCACCAACGUCGAUGUCCGUCGAUAUGCGGUGGCCAUCUUGAGACAAACUGAUGAAGAAGAUUUGUUGAUGUAUUUACUGCAGUUAGUACAGGCGUUGCGUUACGAAACUGAAGAUGACAACGAACUAGCGAAAUUCUUGGUAGAACGAGGAGUCGAGAACGCAGUGGUUGGCAAUUAUCUUUACUGGUAUUUGCAAGUUGGAUGGGAGGGAUCAGCAGCAGAGCGUAGUGCGAGCACCUUCAGGUUGUUUGAGCGUGCGUGUAGAUCGAAGAGCAAGAAGGGUGGAGGCUUUUGGGACACUCUUAAAUUUCAGCAAGAGCUCACCGAAAGAAUUACCAUCAUCACUCAGGAAGUCAACAUGCUGCGUGGCGCACGCAAAGUCGAACGCUUGAGGGCUAUACUCUCCAGCGAGAAUGAGCUCGGCGCUAUGCUUUCGUCGUUUCCACAGGCCAUCCCGAACCCGUUGAAUCCGACGGUAUUGAUGAGUGGGAUUGUUGCCAGUGAGAGCAGUGUGUUCAAAUCCGCGCUUAGUCCUUUAAAGCUAACGUUUCAAACACUCACUGGAGAUCGUGCGACGAUGAUCUUUAAGAAGGGUGACGAUCUGAGACAAGAUCAGCUCUGUGUGCAGAUGAUUUCUCUGAUGGAUAGGCUUUUAAAGCGAGAAAAUCUCGAUUUGAAAUUGACGUCAUAUCGCGUGCUCGCGACGGGAAGUGACACCGGCCUGAUUGAGUUCGUGAAGUCACAGGGAGUGGCGGAUAUCUUGAAAGAACACGAAAAGCUGACUACGUACAUCGCACUACACAAUCCAGAUCCUCACGGCCCAAAUGGAUGCACAAUGACAUCGAUGAUGAACUUUGUGAAGAGCUGUGCUGGGUACUCUGUGAUCACAUAUUUGCUCGGUGUCGGGGAUCGUCACUUGGACAACUUGAUGCUGGCUUCGGACGGAAGGCUUUUCCACAUCGACUUCGGUUUCAUAAUGGGACGCGAUCCAAAGAUAUCUCCGCCCUCAAUGAAACUCUGUAAAGAGAUGGUCGAGGCGAUGGGUGAGUACUUCAGCGAGUUCAAAACGUAUUGCUGCGAGGCAUACAACAUCCUGCGUAAGAGCGAGUCAGUGGUGUUGCUCCUGAACCUCUUCAGUCUUAUGGCGGAUGCAAAUAUCCCCGACAUCAACAUCAAUCAGGAUUACGAGAGAUCGAGGCUACGAUUCGAGUCGAAGUUCGCGUUGGAGCUUGACGAUGAGGCCGCAAUGCAGCACUUCAUCAGCGAAAUUCAUCGCUCCAGUAACGCCUUCUUAGAUCCGAUAUUCGAGAGAGCACAUCGCGUUGCACAGGCGUUCAGGUGA